GUUACAACUGUUUUAUAAGUUCGGGGUGCUACUGAUUAUCGCACUCGUAAACAAUAAGUGUUUUCUUAGUGAUUACGAGUAUUGACAAUGUUUACAUCGAUAAGCUUCAGAAGUAUGAUUUGAUUGUGUUUUUAUACACUAUUCGUAUACAAGUGAAAUAUGCAUUUGAUCCUAGGCAGAAAAAUAAACAAUCUCCGUGUAUAUUUUUAAUCCUAAAAACUUUGUAGAUAAAGCAAAAAUCAAAGAACACAUCCAAGGGAGAUCAAUUUCGGUUGCACCGAAGCUACAAUAGCUUUCUCAGUCAAAAACACUUAUAGCAAAAGAAUCUACAGCUACAGAAGUCUACAUAAAUCAGUAUCGAUAAACGAUUAUUGAUCGAAUUUUUUUGACUUUUCUUGUAGUAAUGCAACACUGUUUUUGCAAUUAAGCAAGGCAACAAAAAAUAAAAAUAAAAUAUUAACAUCUCAGUGUUUUGAAUAAUUCAUUUGUAUCGUAAAUUUCAUCUUAUAUUGACGAAGCUAUUUUCAUAAACGUGCAUAAAAAUAUUGUAAAUAAAUACCGGCAUUUGAUAGGGGAAUGUCAAUGCACCUAAAAAGCAUACAAAUGACGCUCGUUGGUCUUGCUGCUCGUAAACUUUCUAUAAAAAAACGUAAUGCCAAACUGGCGGCUGCUUUCCCGAAUGGUGUACGUUGCCAGAAAUGCUUACAACUAGGACACUGGUCAUACGAAUGUAAAGAGAAACGUAAAUAUGUGCAACGCAGUUCACGUACCAAACAACUUAAAAAGCGACUAGCCGACAAAGCAAGCAUUGAAAGUAAUGACAGUAGUACAACUAACGCGUUGACAAAAUCGGCAAAAGCAAAGCGAACAAAGCGUACACGAACAUCUUCCGGAUCAUCAGCAGGCAAUGCUUCGAUGGGCUCAAAUUCAGACACACAGUCUUCUUCAGACUCAAACGAUAGUAGUUCGUCAGAUUCGGAUGAAGAUUCUUCUAGUGAUAGCAGUUCUUCAGACUCCGAUAGUGAUAGUGAUAGUAGUGAUGCCGGCUCUGGUAGUGAUUCUAGCGAUUCAGGUUCUAGUAAUUCGAGCGAUUCAAGCGACUCAUCCAGCACCGAGGAGGCACCAAAAAAGAAAAAAAGUCGUCGUACCUCUAGUUCAUCUAGUGAUGAUGAUAUUUGAUUGAAGCAUUAAUGAAGCAAAACAUAUUCAGAGAAGAACCAUAAUGAGCUUUAGUAGUGUAAGUUGAUAAUGCUAAAUAAUGAUGUUACAUUGUUCUUGGAAUACUUUUCAUUCAUAUGUAUUUAUAUACGUAAACAUUUGUUUAGUCACACAACGUCAGUAAAGUUUUCAGGAUGUUUCAGUUGUAUAGUUUUUGUUAAAACCAGCUAUAACAGCGCGUGUAAAAUAGUAUAAUCAUUAAUGCAUAAUUAUCCACCUUGUGUACAACACUACUUGUGUACAAACACACCAAAUGAUUUCAUUUAAACCAUUUUUGCUUCAAGUUAUAAAUAUAUGUAUGUUUAUUUAGGUUGAAAUCUCAAAAUGCUAGAUAUUAUAUUAGUAAACUUAGCAAACAUCAGCUAUUUAAAUAAAAUAAACGAAUUUGCACAUUGUGAAGCUAUUAUUUAUAUAAAUAUAAACUUAUUGAAAAUUUUAUUGUUUAUAAAAACACGUAUUAGAUCUGUUUAAACAAAAUCCAUUUAUUUAUGAAUAAAAAUAAUCACAAAGUCACACAAGUCACUGUCA